AAGCGAAUCUCUGCAGGCACAACCCUAAAUUCAGCUGGGGGAGAAACUCAGAGAUAAUCGCACGAGGAAAUGGACCUGAUCCCCAGCUUUUCCUUGGAAACUUGGGUUCUCCUGGCCCUUAGCCUGGUGCUUCUGUAUCAAUAUGCGACCUAUUCCCAUGGAUUUUUUAAGAAGCUUGGAAUUCCUGGGCCUAAACCUCUACCUCUGUUUGGAAAUGUUUUGUCCUACAGGAAGGGUAUGUGGAGUUUUGACAUAGAGUGCCGUAAAAAGUAUGGAAAUAUGUGGGGGUUGUAUGAUGGUCCACAGCCUGUGUUGGCCAUCACAGAACCAGACAUGAUCAAAGCAGUUCUAGUUAAAGAAUGUUAUUCUGUGUUCACAAACCGGCGGUCGCUUGUUCCAGUGGGAUUUAUGAAAAAAUCUGUCUCCCUAUCUGAGGAUGAGGAAUGGAAGAGAAUACGAACACAGUUGUCUCCAAACUUCACCAGUGGAAAACUCAAGGAAAUGUUCCCCAUCAUUAAACAGUAUGGAGAUGUGUUGGUCAAAAACCUGAGACAAGAAGCAGAGAAAGGCAAACCUGUUCAACUGAAGGAAAUCUUUGGGGCCUACGGCAUGGAUAUAAUCAUUGCAACAGCAUUUGGGGUGAACGUUGAUUCCCUCAACAACCCACAUGAUCCCUUUGUGUCAAAAGCCAACAAGCUCUUCAGAUUUGAUUUUUUGAGUCCAUUUCUUCUCUCAACAGCUCUGUCUGAUGUGGAGAUCUUGGCCCAGUCAAUUAUCUUUAUUUUUGCUGGUUAUGAGACCAGUAGUAGCACUCUUUCUUGUAUUAUGUAUUCAUUGGCCACCCACCCUGAUGUGCAGAAGAAACUGCAGCAGGAGAUUGAUAAAACUUUGCCCAAUAAGGCAUUUCCUACAUAUGAUGUCAUGAUGGAGAUGGAAUAUCUGGAUAUGGUGGUGAAUGAAACUCUCAGAUUAUAUCCAGUUGCUAACAGAAUUGAGAGGAUGUCCAAAAAAGGUUUUGAAAUCAAUGGAAUGUCCUUUCCCAAAGGGACACUAGUGAUGAUACCAAGUUUUGCUCUUCACCGAGACUCAAAAUACUGGCCAGAACCUGAUGAGUUCCACCCUGAAAGGUUCAGUAAGAAAAACAAGGAGAAUAUUGACCCUUACAUAUACAUGCCCUUUGGGAAUGGACCCAGGAACUGCAUUGGCAGGAGGAUGGCACUCAUGAACUUAAAACUUGCUCUCAUACGACUGCUGCAGAACUUCUCUUUCUACCCCUGUAAAGAAACACAGAUCCCUUUGAGGUUAAGCUCAGAAGCUCUUCUUCAGCCAGAAAAACCCUUAAUUCUGAAGGUUGUGUCAAGAGAUGAGACCAUAAGAGGAGCUUGAUCAUCUAUGGACUUCUGCUAUGUUCUUUAGGAAGGCUUUAAUUUACUUUUGAAUAAACCCAAAUGAAGAUGAGCUUAAUAAACUGCCCUUGAAGAGUUAUGAGGGAUUCAGUACACACUUUGAGCUUGCUCCAUAUCUGUAUAAUCUAUCUGUUGUAACAAAAUGAGUGUCAGACUUGUCAGUUCACAUUCUCUAAUGCUCACAGGACUUUCUCUGUCCUAUCUCUAGGUGGUACCAUCAAUUGCAUUUGAGCUCUGAUCAAGGAAAACACUUAUCAACAAUUUUAACAACAAUUUUUAAUGAGAACAAGAAUUAUAGCUCUGAUUGUAGUAAAAAGUUUUAUGAAAUAUUUGUAAUAUAUAAGUAGCAUUAUUUGAAAGUUCAAAUAAAUAUAUCUCUUGAAAAAAGUAAUCUUUAAAAAAUGCACAUUGUGAAGGAAUCUAUUUUUGGUCAUCAAAGUCACUGGUCCUCUGGGCCCUUUCUCUGAUCCGAUUUCUAUGUUAAAAUUGAUGAGAAUUAUUCCUCUGAUAUUUAUCAGAGGAUGUAGAAUUUUUAUCCGAAGAUGUAGUUUGGAAGCUACAUCCAUGAUUUAAUUCUAGCCUUUUGAAGCAUAUGCUUUUGUAUAACUGAAAUGAGGUAUUCAUUACUUUAUUAUUAAUUUUGAUUUAGCAUCAUCUUCCGAGAUGUUUCUGGAAAAUAGGAAACAUGCCCUUCUUUCCUUUUUUCUGCCUUUUUCCACUGGGAAUGGAGUGCAGGCACAUGCUAAAUAAGCACUUUUCCACUGAUCUACAUCCUCAGCCCUAGAAACAUGUUUUCUUAUGCCACUUUGUAGUCAAUCUUCAACUUCCUGAUCCCUUAAUACAAUUGAAAUUAACAACAAAAAUAAUAACUAGAAACUAUUCUUUAGCUGAUUUGGGAGCAAAAGUGAAAGAAUUUGUCAACUUCCUUUGGCACCAAAAAUCAUAGAGUUUCUUCCUUUUAUUUGACUAAUUCAGUCCUAAAGCCAGUACGGAAGGCACAACAUGGUCACACAUUGGGUUGGGUGAGAGUCAAAGUGGGUCACAGUCAAAGGAGGAUGUGAAGGUAUUCAUGUGUAAGGGAGGCUAUGCAUGACUGUGGGACCCCAAGCAAGACAGAAAAGCGCCAUCACCUGAAUAGGUUAUGGAGAGCCCAGGUGUGGUAAAGAGGCAACUACAAAUGAGAAGAGAGCUGGCUCUGUGAAUGGCAUUGAUCAAAUCAGUAAUAUACCAAUGAUAAUGGAAGACUGGUUUUCACUAUCUCACAAAAACAGAAAACUGGAAUGGACCCUGUAAAGUCAGAAUGGAAUGGGAUGUUUCAUUGUAAAUUACUACUUUUCUACAUUCCUGAAUUAUAGACAUAAACUGUGUGUGCAUACAUGCAUGCAUAUGUUUGUGUGUGUGUGUACAUGUGUGAUUGUAUACUUGUUAUCAAGUGUUGUAGUUAUCCUUGGUUCUUUCCAUCCACAUACUGUACCAUUCAAAAACUGGACAGGACAGUUGGUGAAAAUGAAAGUUUAUAUUUAUUAAGAUUAAAAUAACAAGAAAAGAAGAAAAAAGUGCAAUCAAAAUGCUCAAAAAGAAAACUGCUGUGAAAAUAAGUGUUCUGCAGAAUGAGUGUGUGCUACUUAACAUAGGAAAAGAAGUUAACCCUAAUGAUUGCAAGUUGGGCUGGUGAAGAGACUCACCAGCUUAAUGACUACUGUUCUGAUGUCAGAUCUAAAGAGUUCUAUCAAAAGC